AUGUACAUCCGGUCGACCCUCCUCCCCAUCCUGGGCCUCGCAGCCACCGGCAUGGCCGCCUACGUCCUCGAAGACGACUACGGCACCUCGACCUCCUUCUUCGACAAAUUCUCUUUCUUCACAGCCGCCGACCCAACCGGAGGCUUCGUCUCGUACGUCGACCGCACCACCGCGCAGAACGCCGGCCUGAUCGCUGCCGACGGCACCGUAUACAUGGGCGUAGACCAUACCCACGUCGCCAGCAGCAGCGGCCGGCAGAGCGUCCGCCUCACCAGCACGAAGAGCUACACGCACGGCCUCGUAAUCUUGGAUCUGGGGCACAUGCCAGGCGGCAUCUGCGGCACCUGGCCUGCCUUCUGGAUGGUCGGCCCCGACUGGCCCUCCAACGGCGAGAUCGACAUCAUCGAGGGCGUCAACACCCAAACCACCAACCAGAUGACCCUCCACACCACGGACGGCUGCACCAUCGCCAACGGCGGCUUCACCGGCACCCUCCUGACGAGCAACUGCUACGACAACGCCCCCGGCCAAUCCACCAACGCAGGCUGCGGCAUCGCUGCCACCUCGAGCCUGACCUACGGGAAGGCGUUCAACAACGCCGGCGGCGGCGUCUACGCAACCGAGUGGACCUCCGCCGGCAUCAGCAUCUGGUUCUUCCCUCGCGGAUCUACGCCCCUGGACAUCAGAAACGGCAAGCCCAACCCGGCGAACUGGGGAACGCCGCUCGCCARGUUUGCCCCGGGCAGCUGUGACUUUGAUUCCCAUUUCAGCGAGAUGCAGAUUGUAUUCGAUACGACGUUCUGCGGCGGCUGGGCAAGCGCUGUCUGGGGAUCAGGCAGCUGUGCGUCCGUGGCGUCCUCCUGCCAGAAUUUCGUCGCGAAUAACCCCUCUGCGUUUACGGAGGCGUACUGGCUCAUCAAUUCGCUCAAGGUGUAUCGGGAUGCUUCUAGUGCGAACGUGGUAAGGAUGAAUGCGACUGAGCAUCUGCACGCGCAGUUGCCCUUGGAGGGUCGCAGGCGCCGUUCUGUUCGGCAUGGUCGUGGCGUUUGA